AUGCUCAUAGCUUACUUAGGCUAUUUGCUUGCUGUUGCACUUGCCAGAUCCCAACCACUGCAAGUUUGCCAGAGCACAACCAAGGGGAAUGACUCAUCACCAGCGACCACAAACUGCCUUUCAGUACGGCUUGAGGAGGCAAAUCUGAAGCACCACGCUAUCCUCCAAAAAUACGAUUAUAGACACAGAGUGACAAUAAAGUGUUCGAUUUGUGCUGGAGAAGAUCAUGGCGACUUCAUUUGGUACUUUAUACCUCGAAGCAUGUUCCCAGUAUUCACGACAAAAGAUGGGAAAGUGGGUCUCAUUCCGCCUGGCGGAAGUCCUCUUACUCAGGACAGAUUCACAGGAAAUACGACGCCAUGUUUAGUUAAUGAAACUAAUGACCUAUUGAUUCCCAGUUUCAGUAGAAACCUCCACGUCGGUACAUACUACUGUCGGAACAUCCAGAACAGUGAUCACCCGGCAAAUUCGAUAUGGUAUCACGUAGACAUUGUCCAUCCGCCCGAUUCAAGAGACCACAGUGAGGAGUUUCAGAAGCUUCCCCCUAGGCUCAAAAGUUUGCAGAGAAUCUCACAGAUAAGCGAUAUCGACGAAAUCAUGGAGGCUGUGGGAAAGGCUCUGAUGGAGUCGCAGUCCUUCACUGAUUUCAAAGACGACGUCCUGAGCGUCACUUCUCGACUCUCGAAGGUGGAAAAGCCGACGCAAAUCUGCGGUAGGUUCGUGAUGAUGCGCUACAGACAGUGCUACCUGACCAUCCCGAAGAGUUUGAGCUCGCAAACUCGACGGGUCGCAUCGCCCGAUUCGCUGCUCAACUACGAGCUCCUCCGUACCCUGUUCAGCUCCUUCUACACGUGGGUGGACGAGGCCAAUCCGGCCAUUAGGGAGACCCAAAAACGCGCUGCUGAACUGAACGCCUUGGAGUUGGGGUUUGAACUCUACUUUGAACAGGACAAGUUCUUUAUUCCGUGCCACUUCACCUACUUGCAACACCUAAGAUUGCUGGUUGGCCUACCUAAACCGUUCGACGCGAAGAACCUCUACGUCAACAUGUCCUUCGACAAAACCUGCCCAGAAGUGGACUACGUGGAAUUGGUGAAUUUGGCACUCUCUGGCGACAUUAAGUCCAUGAAAAGUGAGAUCCUGGGCUACGAGGAAAAGCGCUUCAUGAAGAUUGAGAAGGUUGCGAUUGAAGGCACGGUGGAUUUUGAGAUGAUUUGUGGAGGCGAGGGUGACGUGACGAAUUACAACUGCUCCGAGAUGGCAAACUUGACGAUACUCUGGAAGCAGCCUAAAGGUUAG